AAUAGCAGAUAAGGCUGACUUGGAAGGUCGUCUGAUCCAAAGGAUAUAUAGCUCCUCACAAGCCUCUAUCACUCCUAUCUAUCCAGGUAUACUGGCCUCAUAGCCUGUUCCCAGGCGCGUCAUCCCGAACCCCCCAAAAGGCCGGUGUCUCCACAAAUGCGGCACCGGCACCGUCCGCGCCCUUCGGGUUGGAUACAUGGUUGACUUCUCAUGUUCUGGGCGGGCGGCCCUACUACAUCGAACUUGCUCUUGCAAAUACGUAGUCGCUCCGUGGAAGCUUUCACUUCUAGACCACCAGUCACUUCUAUCGCCUCCGCAUCGCAAUGAUCGACCUCACGGCACCUUUCGAGGCCGAUAGGCUCCUCGAAAUCCGGACGUCGGCCAUGAAGCAGAUGCCAGGCCUCACGAUCAUGUCGGGAAUCGACAAGAAACUGUGCAACAGGCCCAUGAAGAUCGACGAGGUGGGCCUCGAGGGCGACGAACACGACCUGACCUUUCAUGGGGGCCCUGACAAGGCCGUCCUUGGCUACUGCUCUUCCCACUACCCAAACUGGCAAGAGUCCUACCCUGAGGCAGCAGACAAGUUUGUGCCAGGAGGAUUCGGCGAGAACUUUGUCACGGCGCACAUGAACGAACGCAAUGUCUGCAUAGGCGACAUCAUCUCCGUGGGGUCCGAGGUUAUGCUGCAGGUUUCCCUACCCAGAUCCCCCUGCUUCAAGCUAAACCACCGCUUCUCUCUCAAGAAGUUUGCGCCUGUCACUUACGAAACGAGCCGUACGGGUUGGUAUUACCGCGUCAUCCGCGGGGGGAUGGUCCAGGUGGGAGACGACCUUCGUCUGGUCGAGAGGAAAUGGCCCAAGUGGACGAUUGAGAGAAUCCAGGAGUACCUACACCGAAACACGGACAACUUUGAGAUGAACCAGGAGCUGUCCCGCAUCGAGGAACUCGGCAUGGAGGCGCGAGGCCAAUUCCAGAACCGAGUCGCCAAGGCUCUGAAGAAGAAGGACGCAAAGACGGAGACGUGGACUGACUACAGGAUCAUUGAGCGCCACAUGGAGACGCCCAGGGUUGUGUCUCUGACUUUUGAGGCGGUGGACCCAAGCGUCAGCGUGGAAGAGAAGGAGUUUGGUCUUCAUUCGAAGCUCAGGCUGCCAAACACCCUGACGAGAUCGUACUCGGUGGUAUCGGGGGAGGGCAAAGCUCUUGGUCGCCGGUUCGAGCUCGGCGUCGCGCUUGAGAAAAACAGUCGAGGCGGAUCAAAAUACCUGCACGAGAAUGCGCACGUGGGCGACGUGGUUCCCGUGGGCAAGUUCACGACCAGCGUCGCGCCCGAUGCUUCGGCCAGCAUGCAUGUCUUCAUUGCUGGCGGGAUCGGCAUCACCGCUUUCAUCGCGCUGAUGAAGCGGUGUUUCCAGAUCAACUGGGACUUUAAGCUGCACUAUGCCGUCCAGUCCGUGGAGGACAUGCCGUAUCGGGAGAGACUCGCGCCCUACGGGUCCAAGGUCGUCGUGUAUGACAAGUCGAAAGGUCAGAGGAUGGACAUCAACGAGAUAGUCAGGGGGAUGCCGUGGAACAGCCACCUCUAUGUCUGCGGACCGGACCGGAUGAUGGACGCAGCGAAGAAUGCAGUGGCAGAGAGUGGUCUGUCCCCCAACGAGGUGCACUACGAGGCCUUUGGGGCCAACAUCUCGGGUGAUCCGUUCGAGGCGGAAGUGGCCAACAGAGACGGCAAGGUCGUCAAGGUUGGCGAGGAGGAGAGCCUGCUCGAAGUACUGCGACGCGAGUUUGAUGAUGUCCCCUCGAGCUGCGAAGUCGGCAAUUGUGGCACAUGCAAGGUCUCUCUCAUGAGCGGCCGGGUUGAUCACCGAGGCACGGCCUUGUUGGAAGAGGACAAGGCUUCCUCCAUGUUGUCGUGUGUUAGUCGCGGUAUUGGUCGUAUUGCGAUUGAGAUUUGAGCAGACACCAGGCAACAAUAAAAUGGAUAGAUUAUUAUAUAUAUUCCACACGGUUGUGAGGGCGUCGUUGGUGCCGACACGCGGGGACAAUCACUGCGCUCACGCACUGUAUC